GUGACGACUUUUCACAGCGCCGAAGCCGACAGUCGUUCAAAACUGAAGAUGGCCUCGUCUAUCUGGAAGGGUCUUGUCGGUAUCGGUCUCUUUGCUUUAGCCCAUGCAGCUUUCUCAGCGGCACAGCAUCGAUCUUACAUGCGACUCACAGAGAAGGAAAAUGAAACGUUACCGAUAGAUAUAGUCCUACAGACCUUGUUAGCAUUUGUGAUGACCUGUUAUGGCAUAGUCCACAUCGCUGGGGAGUUCAAAGACAUGGAUGCCUCUUCAGAGCUAAAAAACAAGACGUUUGACACUUUGGGAAACCACCCAUCUUUUUACCUGUUCAAUCACAGGGGCAGGGUCCUCUUCAGGUCCCCAGAGGAGGCGGCUUCUGCUGCCAGCGCACAGGCCCUGCCCCCCAACCCCCUGCGGCUACGCAAGCUUGAGCCCUUGCACCACUGAGACUGGCCCUCCCACCACCGCUCACUUACCCCUUUUUCAGUUUUCUGUCACAGACAUACACUUUCCCAACGGGGAAAAAAAACGCAAAAUAGUUUCCGUUAAAUCUUAUCGCUUGUCAGAUGAACUGUAUGCCUGUUUCUUUACCCAAGGGUUCUUCCUUGUGUACUUUCUGCAGGUCUGCUGUACUGCUUUUGCAUCAUGUUCCAAUGUUUAUCUCUUUGGACUGUGCCAACUCCUUUAUUAGGAGUGAUUUCUUGUUGAUAAAUGUGAUUUUUUUUUUUUUUUGUGGGAAUACUGUACUAAGGAUCUUAGAUCUUCCUCCAUCCCCUGUUCAGACGAUUAACAGACAGGUGUCACAAUCCCAUUGUUGCACAACCGAGCCUUCAGAGUUCACAACAAACUUUAAUGCCUUCUGUUUGUGUCGUCGCAGACUUGAGCCAAUUGUUCUUUGGACAAUUGUAUUCCUCCUUUGCACUACAGGAAUGUGAUGUUAGGUUGCAGUUCAUGUACUGUAAAACCAAUGUUUAGUGAACAGAUAUGGAAUUUAUAUAUUAUUUGGAAGUUUGAUAUGUAGUUAGUCUGUAGUUAACUGUAAUUGCUUCAUGAAAGGAGACCGAGCAGGGAAGGCGGAAAUCCUGUUAGGGUAAUUAGGCAUUUCUGAAGAAAUGUCAUAAACACUGGCUUAGGUGAAACUACGGUACAUACCUUGGGGGUCAACACUGUUCAGAUGUUUUCUUCAUUUUGUGUAGAAAUGCAACAAUUUUUAGCUAAGUAAAAUUUAAAUAAUUAAAUGAUAUCUAAUGAUGACUAAUAAUUGUCAGACAACAAUAAAAAGAUUACUUUUCAUUUGUAGUUUUCAAAUGAGUCUUAUAAUUUGGUCUUUCUUAGUUCACUGUUAUCAGUAAACAGUCUGACAUUGUUCAGACAGAAUAUUCUAAUGUUGCACAUUGAGGGUGAACCCUGGACUCUACAGGACCACAGAACUCGAGGACUAAAGCUGCCCUUUUUCUUAGGUCAUUGACAAUAAAUGCACUAUGCAUAGAGUUGUGUCUCAUUUUGAUUCAGGGUAUCAUGCAAAAUGUUAGUUUUAAUGUAUGUAACACUAGCUCUACAAUAAAAUAUUAAUGUCAUGCCCACUGGUCAACAAUACAAACCUGAUACAAUUAGCAUUAAUGAUUUAAAGUCUCAGUCGAAUGUGGUUUAUGCAUUUGAUUCAUAAGCCUUAAGUGUUUUGUGCUCAGAGUCUGUCAUGAUGGAAGCUGAAUUCUCUUCGGGUCUAAUCAGCAGGAAAGGCUUGUUGGUAUGGCUGUCCAGAGGAAGCAGAUGUACAUCAUUAUUCUCGAUCUUAACUUUUUUUAUUCAUUUUUUGUGUUUCUUUAAAAAAUGUUUACAAAAUGUUCUUUAUACAAGGUUUUCUUUAAAAUAUCAUUUGUAUGCUCUGGUAAGAAUACUGUCCAAAAAUAAUCUUAUUUCUUUCAUCAUGUAUGAACAUCUAAAAAGUAGUACACAUCUUUCAUUUUAAGAGAAUAAAAGAAAAACCGUUUGAA